CUUCCUGUCCCCACAGCACAUUUCCUGGAGCAGGUUAAGGCCGAGUGUCAUUUCUCCAAAGGGACGGAGGGGGUCCGGUUCCUGGCCAGAUACAUCUACAACCAGCAGGAGUACAUGCGCUUCGACAGCGAUAUGGGGGAGUACCGCGCGCUGACAGAGCUGGGGCGGCCGGACACCGAGUACAGGAACAGCCAGAAAGACAAACUGGAGCAGGCACGGGCCGCGGUGGACAAGCUCUGCAGACACAACUACAGGGUGGCUGAGAGAUUCCUGUUGCCUCGGCAAACUGAGCCCACAUUGACCUUGUACCCGGCAAAGACCCAGCGCCUACAGCACCACAACCUCCUGGUCUGCUCCGUUAACGGUUUCUAUCCGGGCCACAUUGAGGUCCGCUGGCUGCGCAACGGCCACGAAGAGGAGGCCGGAGUGGUGUCCACGGGCCUGAUCCGAAACGGGGACUGGACCUUCCAGAUCCUGGUGAUGCUGGAGACAGUUCCCCUGAGUGGGGAGGUCUACACCUGCCAAGUGAGGCACCCCAGCAGGACAAGCCCUGUCACCGUGGAAUGGAGGGCCCUGUCUGGAUCCACACAGAGGAAGGUGCUGAGUGGAGUCGGGGGCUUCGUGCUGGGGCUGCUCUUCCUCGGGACAGGGCUGCUCAUCUACUUCAGGGCUCAGAAAG